GAUAAAUUAAUCUUGUGACUCUUUACUUCACUAGCUGGCAGUUAACUGUUAAAAUGUCAAAGUUGUGGGCUUGUCUUGUUGGAUUACUGGUGAUCCGUUGCCAUGCCAAGAUGGUUCCCCUGUGCCCACUACUAUCAAAGCCCCUUGGUGGCAUGAAUGUUGCUAAUCUGGUAGUCAACAAAGUUGGUGUCAACAGCACCAUAGUCCUGCAGAUGAUCACCUCCGAGUGCCACAAAUGUGCCCUGCAGAACAUCUCUUACAUCACUGAAGAUAACAACUGUUCAGUUGCUGUAGACACACGAUGGCCGAUGAAGAUGGCCGUUGUUGGCAUGGGUGCACCGACUGAUGGAAACUGUUCAGUUGACCGCUUGACUUUCCUCUUUAAGGAGUCUGGGGUAUACAUCUUGUAUGUCACUCAGAAGGGUGGCAAUAUCACCUGCCAGCCUCCAGUCCUUGACAAUGACCCAGGUGACAACUGUGUGGCUAUAUAUGCUGCGUUUGGUAUCUUUGCUGCGUUGGCUAUCAUUUGGUUGAGCAUCAAGAAAGGCAGAAGGGCCUGUCUGAACAUGCUGUCAAAUAUCUCCCCAUCAACUGUGAACAUCGUGGAUUCUGAAAUAGUUGCAGAAAAUGACCUAGGCCUGCCAAGUACUGAAGAACAGGAAAGAAAACCCAAGAAAGAACGACUUAAAUCAUUGGAUACUUUCAGGGGGUUUUCUCUUGUCAUAAUGAUGUUUGUAAACUAUGGUGGGGCAAACUACUGGUUCUUCAAUCAUUCAAUCUGGAAUGGGUUGACAGUGGCUGACCUGGUAUUUCCAUGGUUUAUAUGGAUUAUGGGAACAGCUCUCGCAUUUUCAUUUCAAUCCCUUCACAAAUCACAAGCAUCCAAGCUGUCUAUCUUUGUGAAAAUCUGCCGUCGCUCCGUGACACUAUUUGCCUUAGGAAUCCUCGUGAAUUCUGGAGGCUCACACAACUUCCACCACUGGAGGAUCAUGGGGGUGCUGCAGAGAUUCGCUCUGACGUACUUGGUCACGGCAACCUCUCAGCUGUUGUUCAUGACUAACACGGAUGUACAGCUGAGUGGGGUGCGUGCCACACUGAAGGACCUGGUGUUGUACUGGAGGGAGUGGCUGGUACAGCUGUCCCUGGUGCUGAUACAUUUGACCUUGGCCCUCCUGCUGCCUGUGCCUGGCUGCCCCACGGGGUACCUGGGACCUGGCGGGCUGGCCAAUGAUGGCACCAAUGGGUCCAGUGCCUUCAACUGUACAGGUGGAGCUGCUGGCUACAUUGAUAGACAAGUAUUUGGAGACCAGCUCAUAUAUGGCAGCCCUACCAGCAAACAAGUGUACCAAAGUACUGUACCCUAUGAUCCUGAGGGUCUUCUUGGAACUCUGAACUCCUGCUUCCUCUGCUUUCUUGGUCUACAAGCUGGCAAGAUCCUGAUUAUCUACAAGGAGCCAGGUUCCAGAUUACGUCGCUAUGCAGUGUGGGCAGCAGGGUGUGGCAUUGUAGCAGCCAUACUGUGCAGGUUCAGUAAGAACGAUGGCUGGAUUCCGGUGAACAAGAACCUGUGGUCUCUGUCGUACAUCCUAUCAAUGGCCUGCUUUGCAUUUGUGUUGUUCAGUGCCUGUUACCUGAUAGUGGACGUUUACAAAGUGUGGACUGGGGCCCCGUUUUUCUACCCAGGCAUGAACUCUAUUGUGGUGUACGUGUGUCAUGAGGUGUUUAGUAGACCCUUCCAGACGUUCUGGGACAUAGAGCCUGCCUUCCAUUCCACGUACCUGCUGAUCAACGUCUGGGAUGUGACAUUUUGGGUCCUUAUGUCCCUAUUCUUGUACAGCAAUAAUGUCUUCAUCAAUGUUUAAAAUCACACGUGCUUGUUAUAAUAUCUUCAUCAAUUUUUAAAUUGAACUGUGUUAGUUAUAAUUUCUUCAUUAAAAAAAUUAAUUACACAUUUAUUUUGGUACCUUGAUCAGUGUUUAAAAUUACACAUGUUUGUAAUGGCAUCUUCAUCACUGUUUAAAAUGACACCUAAAAUAUUCAUCAAUGUUUAAAAUUACACAUAAUAUAAUCUUCAUCAAUAUUUAAAAUGACACAUGUUUGUUAAUACAUCUUCAUCAAUGUUUAAAAUGAACCAUAUUUUUGUAUGCCCCCCCUUCGAAGAAGAGGGGGUAUAUUGCUUUGCUCAUGUCGGUCGGUCUGUCGGUCCGUCCACCAGUUGGUUGUCAGACGAUAACUCAAGAACGCUUGGGCCUAGGAUCAUGAAACUUCAUAGGUACAUUGAUCAUGACUCGCUGAUGACCCCUAUUGAUUUUGAGGUCACCAGGUCAAAGGUCAAGGUCACGGUGACCAGAAAUAGUAAAAUGGUUUUUGAAUGAUAACUCAAGAACGCAUACGCCUAGAAUCAUGAAACUUCAUGGGUAGAUUGAUCAUGACUUGCAGAUGACCCCUAUUGAUUUUGAGGUCACUAGGUCAAAGGUCAAGGUCACGGUGACCCGAAAUAGUAAAAUAAUUCCGGAUGAUAACUCAAGAACGUAUACGCCUAGGAUCAUGAAACUUCAUGGGUUGAUUGAUCAUGACUCGCAGAUGACCCCUAUUGAUUUUGAGGUCACUAGGUCAAAGGUCAAGGUCACGGUGACCCGAAAUAGUAAAAUGGUUUUCGGAUGAUAACUCAAGAACGCAUACGCCUAGGAUCAUGAAACUUCAUAGGUAGAUUGAUCAUGACUCGCAGAUGACCCCUAUUGAUUUUGAGGUCACAAGGUCAAAGGUCACGGUGACCCGAAAUAGUAAAAUGAUUUUCGGAUGAUAACUCAAGAACUCUUUUGCCUAGGAUCAUGACACUUUAUAGGUACAUUGAUCGUGACCCGCAGAUGACCCCUAUUGAUUUUCAGAUCACUAGGUCAAAGGUCAAGGUCACAGUGACAAUUGUAUUCACACAAUGGCUGCCACUACAACGGACAUCCCAUAUGGGGGGCAUGCAUGUUUUACAAACAGCCCUUGUUAUCAUCAAUGUUUGAAAUGACACAUUAUACAGUAUCUUCAAUGAUUAAAAUGACACAUUAA